AUGGGCGUCCUCCAGCAUGCCGCGAGCCACCCGCUCGCGCAACAGUUCCAAUCCCUCGGCUUGGGGUCGCAGAUUGCCGUGGCCAUCGCCGGCUUCGUCGCAGUCGCAGUCGCCCUCAACGUCGCCAACCAGCUGCUCUUCACGAACCCCAAUGAGCCGCCUCUGGUCUUCCACUGGUUCCCCUUUGUCGGCAGCACCAUCACGUAUGGCAUGGACCCGCCGACGUUCUUCAGGGAGAACCGGGCCAAGCACGGUGAUGUCUUUACCUUUGUUCUCCUCGGCAAGAAGACGACCGUUGCCGUGGGCCCCGCCGGAAACGACUUCAUCCUCAACGGCAAGCUGAAGGACGUCAACGCCGAAGAGAUCUACACUGUCUUGACGACCCCCGUGUUCGGCAGAGAUGUCGUCUACGACUGCCCCAACGCCAAGCUGAUGGAGCAGAAGAAGUUCAUGAAGAUUGCCCUCACGACUGAGGCCUUCCGAUCCUACGUUCCCAUCAUCUCCGGCGAGGUCCAGUCCUACUUCAAGAGGGAUCCCGGCUUCAAGGGCAAGACCGGCGUCGUCGACAUCCCCAAGAAGAUGGCCGAGAUCACAAUCUUCACCGCGUCCCACGCGCUCCAGGGCAGCGCCAUCCGCAGCAAGUUCGACACCUCCCUUGCCGCUCUCUACCACGACCUGGACAUGGGCUUCACCCCCAUCAACUUUAUGCUUCACUGGGCUCCCCUCCCCUGGAACCGCAAGCGCGACCACGCCCAGCGCACUGUCGCCAAGAUCUACAUGGACACGAUCCAGGAGCGCCGCGCCAACCAGGAGCAGGACAACGAGCUGGACAUGAUGAAGCACCUCAUGAACUCUUCGUACAAGAACGGCACCCCCGUCCCCGACCACGAGGUCGCGCACAUGAUGAUUGCGCUGCUCAUGGCUGGUCAGCACUCUUCGUCGUCGACCAGCUCCUGGAUCAUGCUCCGCCUCGCCCAGAACCCCCAGAUCAUGGAGGAGCUCUACCAGGAACAGGUCAAGGCCCUGGGAGUCGACCUGCCGCCCCUGACAUAUGAGGACCUCGCCAAGCUGCCGCUCAACCAGGCCAUUGUCAAGGAGACGCUCCGUCUGCACGCCCCCAUCCACUCCAUUAUGCGCGCCGUCAAGCAGCCCAUGCCCGUGCCUGGCACCAAGUAUGUCAUCCCCACGUCGCACACCCUGCUGGCUGCCCCCGGCGUCAGCGCCAGCGACCCGACGUACUUCCCCAACCCCCAUGUCUGGGACCCCCACCGCUGGGAGGUCGACUCGCCCAACGCCCCGACCAUCGUGCGCAACGCCGUCGUCGAGGACGAGGAGAAGAUUGAUUACGGCUACGGCCUGGUCAGCAAGGGCGCCGCGUCGCCGUACCUGCCCUUCGGCGCCGGCCGUCACCGCUGCAUUGGCGAGCACUUCGCCAACGUCCAGCUGCAGACCAUUGUGGCCGAGACGGUCCGCCUCUUCAAGUUCAGCAACGUGGACGGCGGCAACACGCUGAUCGGCACCGACUACGCCUCGCUGUUCUCGCGCCCGCUCGAGCCCGCCAACAUCCGGUGGGAGCGGAGGGACUAG